CCACAGUCCCCAGGCUUCCCCAGUCUAGGGCGCUCAGCGCCGGGACGCUGCUAUGGACGACAUUUUCACCCAGUGCCGGGAGGGCAACGCGGUGGCCGUUCGCCUGUGGCUGGACAACACGGAGAACGACCUCAACCAGGGGCGCAGGGUGCAGAGAGCUUUCCAACCUCAGUGAACUGCAUCGGCAAAAUAUAGGAGGCAAGACAGUGAGCAGAGAAUCUGGAAAUUGUCCACCGGUCCAUAUGCCCGGAGGAUAGAAGACUUCUGUGAGCUUCUAUGGAUUGAAGCUUUGGGUACAAGUGGUAAACCACCGAAGAUAAGACUGGAGGGGUCGGCUGCAAGGGUCAGCCAGAUCAUGCAAGGAUAUUUACACUAUGAUAAGGGAUGAUCAUGGCUUCUCCCCCUUGCACUGGGCCUGCCGGGAGGGCCGUUCUGCUGUGGUUGAGAUGCUGAUAAUGCGGGGGGCACGAAUCAAUGUGAUGAACCGUGGGGAUGACACCCCCCUGCACCUGGCAGCCAGUCACGGACACCGUGAUAUUGUGCAGAAGCUGCUGCAGUAUAAAGCUGAUAUCAACGCAGUGAACGAGCAUGGAAAUGUGCCCCUGCACUAUGCGUGUUUUUGGGGCCAAGAUCAGGUUGCAGAGGACCUGGUGGCUAAUGGGGCCCUUGUCAGCAUUUGUAACAAGUAUGGAGAGAUGCCUGUGGACAAAGCCAAGGCUCCCCUGAGAGAGCUCCUCCGAGAGCGGGCAGAGAAGAUGGGCCAGAACCUGAACCGUAUUCCAUACAAGGACACAUUCUGGAAGGGAACCACCCGUACUCGGCCCCGAAAUGGGACUCUGAACAAACACUCCGGCAUUGACUUCAAACAGCUCAACUUUCUGGCGAAGCUCAAUGAGAAUCACUCUGGAGAGCUAUGGAAGGGCCGUUGGCAGGGCAAUGACAUCGUCGUGAAGGUGCUAAAGGUUCGAGACUGGAGUACAAGGAAAAGCAGGGACUUCAAUGAGGAGUGUCCCCGUCUCAGAAUUUUCUCGCAUCCGAAUGUGCUCCCAGUGCUAGGUGCCUGUCAGUCUCCACCUGCUCCUCACCCCACCCUCAUCACACACUGGAUGCCAUAUGGAUCCCUGUACAACGUAUUACAUGAAGGCACCAAUUUUGUUGUGGACCAGAGCCAAGCUGUGAAGUUUGCACUGGACAUGGCAAGGGGCAUGGCCUUCCUGCACACAUUAGAGCCCCUCAUCCCACGACAUGCACUCAAUAGCCGUAGUGUAAUGAUUGAUGAGGACAUGACUGCCCGAAUCAGCAUGGCCGACGUCAAGUUCUCCUUCCAAUGCCCUGGGCGCAUGUAUGCACCUGCCUGGGUGGCCCCUGAAGCCCUGCAGAAGAAGCCUGAAGAUACAAACAGACGCUCAGCAGAUAUGUGGAGUUUUGCAGUGCUUCUGUGGGAACUGGUGACGAGGGAGGUACCCUUUGCUGACCUCUCCAACAUGGAGAUUGGAAUGAAGGUGGCACUGGAAGGCCUUCGGCCUACUAUCCCACCAGGCAUUUCCCCCCAUGUGUGUAAGCUCAUGAAGAUCUGCAUGAAUGAAGACCCUGCUAAGCGGCCCAAGUUUGACAUGAUUGUGCCUAUCCUGGAGAAGAUGCAGGACAAGUAGAGCUGGAAAGCCCUUGCCUAAACUCCAGAGGUGUCAGGACACGGUUAGGGGAGUGUGUCUCCCCAAAGCAGCAGGCCUCUGGUUGCCUCCCCUGCCUCCAGUCAUGGUACUACCCCAGCCAUGGGGCCCAUCCCCUGCCCCCAUCCCUACCACUGCAGCCCCCAAAGGGGCUAGGCUCAGAGCUUUGUCACUUGCCACACGGUAUCUCCCAGCAUGGGAGGGACCAGCCCUGCCUGUCACAAUAAAGUUUAUUAUGAAAACA